AUCGUUGGCAUUCCACCACUGUCCCAUCCCAAUGCGGACAAGUCGUCUGACUCAACAAAUCUGCCAGGCUAGUGUAUUGUCCACACCUGCAGAUAUUCCUACUAAGGCGACAGCUACGCCUAAGGCUACGUCAACAUGGAUGUCAUCUCCUAUCCGCCAUGGAAUCAACGCAUCCCCUACUCGUCUCCGGCUUCACCGAACUGGUCGCCGGAAUCACCCGACUGGAACAACGUCGUCUCGCCGGGCUGGAGGAGUGUAUCUCCAGGCUCCACAAUGUUCUUCCGUGGGUGAAAUGGAAGAGAAGUUGCACCUGAGGGCAACGAUAGAAAAGCAGGCGAGUCAACUGCUGGAAGAGACAGUACGCGCUUUGGAGGAGGAAGUUUCCAAUCGUGCCCAGUCCGAAGCUGGCAUAGAGGCAGUGUUGGAGCGAACCCUUCAGAAAGAGUACGAAACGGCUCUGGAGCAUGAAGGCGCUGUGGAGGAGUAUGAAGCUCGACUUAAGGCCAGAGAGGACAUCAUCGUCUCUCUUAGAAAGGAGAGCGAGUGGAUGGUAGAUGAUUUGAGGAGGGCGCGAUGCUUUCUGCCACUCAAGUGGGUCAGCCCAUUGGAGAACGUAUUCCGGCAGUUCCAGGAGGACGAGUUCCUCCUGGCCUAUCUAUCUCGUUCAGUGGUGGAGAAAUCCACCAUUGAGAUUUAG